AUGGCUGACGACUUCGACUCCGAGAUGCUCUCUUCGACUUCAUCAUCUCCUACUCCAGGAAGCCCCCAGACGCCCGCAGGUGGUAAUGGGAUGGCCCGGGACAGCAUGUCAGCAAUGCCAGAGCUUUCACCACCCGGGUCCCAGGGACCGGCGACCCGAGAAGUAGCCAUGACAGGCUUUAACGAGAACCUCAAGGACCCCGCGCCGUUAACAAGCCUCUCCGAUAAGAAGGGCGAGGAGGCUGAAGAUUCUACGAGCUCGCUGCCAUCAAUAUUGCGAGAGGAACCCGGCGCAUCGUGGAUGAACAAGAAGGUGGAAGAAGAAGCGAAGAGGGCACUCGAGUUCGUUGUAGACAAGGAAUUCAACCUGAGAGAGUUUGGUGACCCGUUUGACGAUAGAAGUAUGAGCCAGUGGAAGACGAAAUGA